UUUUAAAUCAACUAUUAAAACUACAUUGAAAUGAAGAGCAAGAUGGAUAACGACAUAACCAAUAUUGAAACAACCAAGGCAAAUGAUAAGAAGAAAGGCAAACGCCUAAUAUCAUUUAAAUCCGGGGAUGUCGAUACAGGGGGGCCAGCAAAAAUUCGUAAGGUGUCAAAAAAAGAGAAGACUUCACAGCCAGAUGAAAAAGAGAAUACCCCAUGCAACGGUCACCUAACGGUUUCCCAAAUCAACAAAGCCGUUUUUAUGGUUUUCAAAAGGAUGCAAUGCACUCCACCGACCCAGAAGAUGAUAAAUUCCCUUGUGGUACUGUUGCGCGAUGACAAAAAUGUUGAACAGCGUAUUGCAACCAGUUGCUAUGUCCUAAAGCGAUUGAUUCGAUCGACAGGAGCAGAUGACCUGAACGCGGUGGCCCAAGCCGCCAGUUAUAUACACUGCAUCUUAAGAACAGUACCUGCUGUUGAUGCUUUACAAGUUUUAGAGAUUCUGAAGCGGAACCUAGCCGUUAGUAGUCAGCAGCGGGGCAAGGAGGACUCCCUUGCCGUCGUAGGCCAAUUGAUUAUAUCAUUUUGCAUCCUACAAACUCUGCAUUUCACUGAACACGAAGCGAAUGUAAUAUCGGAGGUCUACCAGAUUCUAGCGAACCAGUUAAAUGGCAGAGAGUACCUAGUAUCUAUAUGUGCGGAUAUUUUUGCUGAAUCUUUUAAGCAGUUACCCGCUGGCAUCUUUGAAAAGUACGUGUGGCCACUUCUGCAACCUCAGUUGAACAAGCCAUUAAGUAGCUUAAAGAUUAAUACCUGUGAUCUUUUACUGGCCGUGCACCUGACCUAUUCCUCGAUUCUGGGAUGGCAGCAGCUUCAUGCCAUUUUGUGGCCCAAGAAGCCAGUGUACGAUCAACUUUUUGAGCUUUAUUUAUCAGACUCCACCAUUCACAGUGAUAAUGUAUACGCCAGAUUGGCCAAGUUUUUGACAAAUGGCGGGAAAGACACACUCGUCGCCUGGCAGAAGUAUACUGAUACCAAGCAUCCGCUAAAAACAAAUGCAGCGAAGGCCUGUGUAAUCCAAGUACUUGGUUAUAUACUCCUUAAGUUCAAGCAAAAAGAUGAGCAGUCAAUCUUGGAUAUUUUUACACCCAGAUAUGUGCAAUUCCUGUUACAGGAACUGUCAACUGUAAAAGGUGAAACAAGUGAUGUCAAAAAACCUUCCCAAAAAGAACUGCGCAGAAUUUGCUUAAAGUUUGAAGGGUGCUUAGUUUUGAGUUUUGAAAAGCAAUUACAAAACGAUGAGAUCAAGCUGCAGCUGCUGAUCAAAUUUUUACAACAAAGACUAAAUUUGGAUUCAGUGAUUAGCUUGCCCCGUUUUAGCCAACAUUUGAUCAAUCAAUUGAGCGUCAAUAGCCUUCAAAAGCUCUAUGAUUACUACAGCAAACUUGUGGACUCUUUUGAAGAUGAAGAUAAAGUAAGUCGGGUACACUGCCUUAAUCAGAUGCAGGUAAUACUACAGCACUCGAAAAUGGACCAGGAAUCUGAAUGGCGCCAAAAGCAGUUGCAUGAUUUAUUAAUCGCAGGCCUCUUUCACUUGAAUGUCGAAAGAAAACCAUGCGAAGUCACUAAAGCUAGUACUUUUAGUCGUCAAUGUUCUGCGCGUUGUGAGGAGAUCUUUUUGGGUUCCAUGAUGCAUAACUGCUCGGGUCUGACAUCUCUUUGCGAAUUGCUUCAAAAUGUCUUAAGUUAUCUCAACGAUGAGUUGGGAAAACCGGAUGCGGAGAGCAAAUUACGUAAACCAAGGGAUGAUGCCUUGCAGAGGGCCUGGAAACAGGUAGAAAAGCUGCUGGCAAAACCCAGUGAGGAAACUGAUGUCGUAAGCCAAACAUUCGAGGCUCUGAUCCUGUUUGUUUCUUUGGCUUUGUGUACACAGAUUCCCCUAUCUGUUACAGUGUUGGAGGAUCUGAUAAUUUGUCGGAAAAAUGCUCUGGAGAAAACAAAAAAAAUUGUUAACAAGGAUCUUAAAUGGCAGGAUGUGCUUACUGAUGCCCUACUACAGUUGCUUUUGCAAACAGGCCAUUUCUGGCGUGAAUUUGUCAACAUAGUGGCAACCGCUAUAAUUCCCUAUCUCGACCAUGGUAAUCUUGAGCAGGUCCUUGAAGUACUCAACAUGAACAGAAACCCAUUGAGUAAAAAAGACGAGAGCGAAGAAGAGAGCGAAGUCGAGAGCGAUGAAGAAAUCGAAAAGGAAGAAUUACCACAGGAUUCAAGUGACGAUUUAGACAGUGAAAACGAUUAUGAUAACGAAGAUGAAGAAGACGAGGAUGCGGAUGAGGCCAAUUUGGCCAAGAUUCGCGAGAGCGUUCGUCAGGCUUUAGUCAACGAUGGUGAUGUUGGUGAGGAUGGCGCCAGUAGCGUAGAUUGGAACGAUGUAGACGAAGAACAGGGCAAACGCUUAAAUGCUGCUUUGGAACGGUCUUUUCAGUUGUAUCGACCCAAGUCGCGUAAAGCACAGGAAAAAGAACGAUUAACCAAAUCAGAACGCAUUGAUAACACUAGUCUGCUGCACUUUCGCAUUCGGGCCUUAGAUUUGCUGGAGUUGUUCGUCAACAAGAAACCAAUACAAUCGGUGAUCCUGGACGUGCUGCAUUGCGUUUUUCAAGUUUACCGUCAUUGCAGCGGCGACACUAAACUGCAAUCGUUGCGAGAAGCCAGUUCAAAAUUGCUUAAAAAAUUGCUUUCCAAGAAUAUCGAAUUUAGUGCUGAGCAGGAUAAUUCACCCAUUCUAGAGGCCAUUGAGCAACUGAUGUCUACUGCCGAGGAGCAGUCAGAAGAGGAUCAAGAACCAAGAGCCAACCGACAGGCAAAGAGCGAGGUCAACAUUUGUCGGGAUAAGUGCUUUGCCUACCUGGUCAGCCAGGGAUCCGUAGGUGGGGAGCCCAAGGAUAGUGUCGUUUGGCCCCUGCUCGUCGAGUUCCUGGAGCUGUGGGUAGCCAAACGACGUAGUCGUCUAUCGCUAGCUAGCUUUGAAGCACUGUUCCAGGCUGUUCAAUGGCAGGGAGUUGCUCCGCUGGCCGUUGUCUUGGCCUCCCAUUUGGAUGUGGAGAAAACUCGCAGUUUCCGACGAGCACAGAUAUUAAAGCUUCUCAGUGAGCAAUAUCGACGACUCGAAACUGCUUUUAAAGAAAACAACUCUUCUGCCAAAGAAUUCGAAAAGCAACUAGCCAGAUAUGUACUGCAACUGGAGAUUGAAGCCAAAAGUCCCAAGGAGCUAAAGCUGCUGCAGAAAAUUCUAGCCCAAGGUGGCAAGAAGCAAAAAAAACUGCUUGAGAAAGUUCAAGUUUUGUCCAAAAUGCCUCCGCACACGAAGAAGAUACCGAAAUCUAAGAAGUCAGCAGACGAUGAUAUGAAAGUGAAAAAUGAGUUACAAGCCAUGGACAUGGAGCAAGAAAAACCGAAAAAAAGUAUCAAACCCUCAAAAAGCUUAAAAAAAUCUAUAACUUAUCUUCAUAAAUAACUAUUCUUAAAACUAAAUUUUUUUUUGUAGUAAAUAAUCCUAAGUACUAAAUAAUUAGUAUUGAAGAUAAAAAACA